AGGAGCCCCGCCCAUAUACGUCAGGACUCGCCCUGUACGCAUGUGCAGCCGAUACUCUACGGUUCCCCAGACUCUGGUGACAACAACCGCCCUCAGUUAGCUCACGGACUGUCCGCCUGUCAGGGGCCCGGGGCCGGACGCGCCGUCUGAGAGAGUCCGGGGGACAUAGUGUGGGCAGCGGACGCUAAGCGAAAGCCACAACGCCGGAGAGUCGGUGUGCCUUUGGUCCGCACCGCCCGCCCGCCCGGUAACAACGCGCCCGCUGCCCGGCAGCUGCUGGCCGGUCGGUCCGUUUACCGAGCCGCCGCUAACGCUAGCAGGCGGGCUAACGCCGCGGCAGAUCAGCGUCCCGGUGGCCAUUCGUCAUGCUCUGCACCCGGUGAGCGGAGCCGCGGGCAGCUGCUAGCCAGGAGCUAACGGCUAGCUCUCCGAGGAUGGUCGCAGUGAGGGCGGCUGCUCUGGAGGAUCGGCCCGGAUGUUCUGAGCUUCACGGCUUCACCCGCCCUGCUGGACCCGGACUGCCGCUCACCGAACCGGGCGUGUGAGUCCGGCUGCUCAGACCCGCGGGAGCGGCAGCCAUGCAGGCGGCGCAGCCGCAGUACGACUUCUUCAGCGAAGAGAACGGUCCGAAAUGGAGAGGCCUGCUGGUGCCCUCACUGGAAAAGGUA